GCUAGUCGUGGACUGUUAGGUUCACACCUAAGGUUCAAAAAUCUGUCAGGAGAGUAAUUAAAUAGGAACAAAAAACAAAGAGAAUAUGCAUAUGAAGAAGGAAGAAUGGAGGAGGAGGAUGAAAGAGGAAGAGUGCUGUCAUCGUCGCCGGAAACACUGCAGUCGCCGCUGCUUCCGGUGAGUUACGGAGUUGGCUGUCAAAGUUACGUGUUUUCAUCGUCGGCCGAGUCUAUGUCUCCGCCGUUUUCUUCCACUUCUACGCAGGAUUCCGACAAGAAGGUUCCCUCUGUUUUCUCUUUGGACCACAAAACUUCGCUGUUGAUGUCGUCCCAGCCCGACAAACCCACUUCUUCUUGUCUUCACCUUCUGUUAGAGUGGAUUUUCCAGAGAUGCUGUGGCUGUAUACGUUAGCCAUUUCCCCUCUCUCCCAGAUUCUUCCUUGUUCUUAUUUAUCUGCUGUUGGAAUUUAGAAUUUCUGAUAACCAAAAAAACAAAUUUAAUGCAAUUGGCACAUUUUAUUACA